AUUUAGGGUGCCAUUUUUAUUUCCGGUAACUUUCAAUCAUGUUUUGCAAGAGAUGUCUAGGACAGUUUAUGUCAAUAUCAAGACAUUGCGGUCAUAACAAAAGAUGGACCCAUGCACGUCCUAUCGCCCAAACCACAAUAGAUGAAGAGGAGCACGAAAAAUUUAAAAAACUGUCACAUACCUGGUGGAAUGAGGUUGGAGAAUUCCAGGCUCUUCAUGCCCUCAAUGCACUGAGAGUUCCGUGGAUAAGAGACUCUUUAGUAGAAAAACAAGACCAGCCACCUCCAUUACACACAAAACCUUUAAUUGGUCAACAAAUUUUAGAUGCUGGGAGUGGUGGUGGCAUUUUAUCAGAGGCACUGGCAAGACUUGGGGCAAAUGUGAUUGGCGUUGACAUGGUGGAGGAUAACAUUAAAGUGGCUCAAGCCCAUUUAGAGGAUGAUCCAGCUAUUUGUGGGACAGUUAAAUACAUCCAAGCAACUGUGGAGGAUUUAGUCGGAACAAACGAGGAGGCAUUUGAUGCAGUUGUGGCUUCAGAGGUGGUAGAACACGUAUCAAAUAUUGACACCUUUCUAACAUCAUGCUGUAAAAUCAUAAAGCCUGGAGGAUCCAUUUUCUUGACUACAAUUAAUAAAACAGCCAUCUCCUAUAUGGCAGGAGUAUUAGCAGCUGAGUAUUUGUUACGUUUAGUUCCAAUAGGCACCCAUGACUGGGAAAAGUUCAUCUCACCUGAAGACUUACAGUUUCUGUUGGAUAAGAGUGGAUUUUCCACGACCUUGAUCCAUGGAAUGAUGUACAACCCACUGACCCGGAGGUGGAACUGGAUCAGCCAGACAGGUAUAAAUUACGGACUUCACGCUGUCAAGUUACAUUCACACGACAAACUGGUGUCUGAGACUAGUCCCGAAAAUUCAGCAGAAACAAUAGAAAAGAGUGCUUAGAAUGGACCUGGAAUUUACUUUUGUCAAAAUACUUUAAAGCCUGUAUGUACAAUCUCUAAGGUGCAUCUUUUGAUUCCGUUAUAGUGGACUUGUACAUUUUCAAGGAAGGAAAAUGUUUACUUUGUAGGAUAUAAAGUAAUGCAUAUUUAUGUUGGAAUAAUUAACACAUCU